AUGGUCGGACUACAAGCUGAGAACCUCGCUGUCAACGACGGCCCUCUAACAUCAGAGAACGCGGCCCUGCUGCGCCCCUCGUCUCCAUCCCUCCCUCUUUCCGAACUACGCGAGCGCUACGAAACAGACGGCUACCUCUUCCUAAAGCAAGUUCUGCCCCGACAAGACGUCCUUGACGCCCGAAACGCAUACUUCUCAUCAUUGGAGGAAACAGGCGUCCUGAAGCCAGGGACUACCCCGGUGGAAGGUGUUUUUGACCCCGCAAAGAGCCAUCUCGACUAUCCCGGCAUUGGAGCCGGACAUAUUGGUGGGAAUGGAAAGCCUGGUGGUGACCGGGCAGCUAAAUUCGUGGAUCUUGCUCUUGAUGCACACUACCAGGAAUGGUACGAGAAGCUCUGUAACCACACUGCGUUGUACGACUUCGUCGCACAAUUCGCGGACUGGGGGAAGAACACACUGAACCUUAAGCGCACACUGUUGAGGAACAACAUUCCUGGGUCGAAGCCUAUUGGUGUGCAUUAUGAUCAGAUCUUCUUGAGAUACGGCGAUCCGACUAGUGUCACGGCCUGGGUUCCUAUGGGAGAUAUUAAGAUCAAUGGCGGGGGCCUGAUUUAUUUGGAGGAUGGCGAUAAGAUCGGAAUCGAGAUUGAGGAAUCGUUCUUCAGGAAGGCGAAGCAGGCUGGACUUUCCGAUGAAGAGGCCAAGUCGGCAUUCAAUACGAACAUGAUGUCCACGGGUCUCCUAUCCGAAUUCCCAAGUGAGUUUGCAAAGGAAAAUGGGAAGCGGUGGUUGGUAUCGAGUUAUGAGGCUGGUGAUGUUGUUUUACACAAGCCACACAUGAUUCAUGCCUCAACGAUCAAUCAUGAUCCCGACAAUGUCAUUCGCCUUGCCACAGAUCUCCGUUUCUGUGACUCAUCUAAGCCUUAUGACAAGAGAUGGAUGAACUCGUAUCGUUUCAACGAUGGCGUUUAG